UUUGUUUAUUUCUUAUCCAAGUCCCAGCCUUCCUCGUCAGCCUGUACUUGAUAUGCGCGUGUGCACGUAACUGCUCCAGCUCAAGUGCUCAGAAGCUCCCAUGGCAUCUCUUUGUGUGUAUAUAUCCUCAAGCUGCCAAUCUAACUUCCACUUUUCACACACGCAACAAUUCAAUCCUUACAAAACACCAUUUUUGCACUCUAAACCAACCACUCCACUUCAAAUCUCCCACAAAUCCAGCAAUUUCAACACCACUCUUACAUUUUCAACUUCCCAAUCUUCUUCUUCGUCAACCCUUUUAGACCCACUUAAGCCAGGUCGCACUCUCACCAACAAUGAGCUCGAGAAGCUCCAGUUUCUUGAGAAUUUCAGGUAUUUUCAAGAACUUAAAUCUGGGUCUGUGUUGGUUCGGGUGAUGAGAGAUGAUGAAAUUGACAUGACUGUGGGGCUUUUAACAGAGUCUUUUGCAGAUUCAAUGAUGAUGAGGCCUAAAGGGUCUAUGUAUGUGAAUCUUUUGGGGAUUUUAGUGAAACAGUAUUUAACUGACAGGAGAUUCUUGAUGCCUCAUACAGCAACUCUUAUUGGGUAUUAUAAAGGGGAUGAUGAAGAUAGUGAAGUUGAGUUAGCAGGGACUGUUGAAAUUAGUUUUAAUAAGAUGGGAGCUAAUGAUAAACCUCCUACACCUUCUCCUCCUAGGGAUUCACCUUAUAUCUGUAAUAUGGCAGUGCUUAAGUCUCUUAGAAGGAGGGGCAUUGGGUGGCAUCUGCUGAAGGCAAGUGAAGAACUAAUUUCUCAGAUGAGUCCGUCGAGUGAAAUUUACUUGCAUUGCAGGAUGAUUGAUGCUGCUCCACUGACCAUGUAUACAAAAGCAGGAUAUAGCAUUGUCAAGACUGACAAUAUAUUGGUUUGGUUAACAUUGCAGAAACGUAAGCAUUUAAUGCGCAAGCAACGUCCAAUCACUGACAAUUCUUCAGAUAGAAUAUGACCUUCAUGACCAACUAUGAAGAAGGUGGUUUUUGAUCUUCAAGUUGCCAAUACUCCACAGGCUUAUAUAUCCCUGGAAGUAGGGUGUUACAGUUACAUUAACUUAGAGAGUUAUAUGAUGCUGCAAUGUUAAUUAAUUUAAAAUCGUGGAGACGUACAGGGGUUGAUAUGAUCCUCAGAUUUGCUUCUGCGGCGCUUGUUCCAUGCUGACACUAACCUGAAAGGCAUGCUUUUCGUAUCUGAACAGUUAAAGCAACUAGUUUGUAUAAGAAAUUACAACAUGACCUCUAGUAUGUAUCCCCUUUGCCAGAGGAAAACAGAGAAAUGUUAAGAUGAAGCACAAGAGAGAAUAUGAGAAAGUUUUAGUACAAGAAUCCUGCAAGAGUACAUAUAAAGUAAGGGAGAUUAGUUUUGAAGAAGACUCGAAAACACCAUCUUCAACAACCUGAUGAUCUCUCACUUGAAGGGUAAGAAAAACAGAAUAUUUGCUACUGGAUGGUUCUGAAAAGGAAAGGAAAGCUACAAGCACUUGUUCCAUGAUAGGUACAUUCUUUAUUUUAUUUUCAUUUUUUCUUCUCUUUUAAUUUUUUUAAAAAAAAAUAAAAAAUUGUAGUUGAGGUGUCGAUUUUCAUUCCACUUAUAAUAUUUCCCUUCCCUAGCAAUUUCAUUGUAGAUGAAGAAAAUACCACAUGCAUAUGGAAUAAUAAAAUGUAUUAUUGUUUGUUGAAACAUUAUUUUGAUUGCUGGUAA